AUGCAUCAAUUCCUCAACCGUGGAGGUCGCACGGCAAGCCCCGUGCCUAAACGCUCGCACACACCUCCCGGAAGGCCCUCUGAGGCGGAGCGCCGUCGCUUGGGACAAGCAGCCAGAGUGGAUGUCCCUGUUGCUGACUUCGACGACACGAUGCAGCGUGGCCAGAACCGACAAUCGCCGCAGCGAGACAUAAGCCGACAAGGUCAGCGGCCUGCAGUUCAGCCUACGGCGCACCGUCAGACGGCGCACCUGCACAACUACAAUGCUUUCGACACGGAUGCAGAAAAUGCUGAUGACACGACCAUUACGAGCUUCUCGGAUGAAGGUGCCCAAGGCAACUUGGGACAGCAAAACUUCUAUGAUAACCCGAACUUCCAUGUCCAGGAAGAUCAAGAAAGCAUCAACGACAAUGAGUCUCACUUCGCAGACGGGGAGUCAGACGAUAGUCAGGGACCUCUCAUGCACGAAAUGCUCUAUGCAGCGCAGCGCAAAAUAGGGGAGGGCAAGAAGCUCCCAAUGGCCCAGUCAUAUCCUAGCACGACUAUUCCAGACGACUAUGAUGAGGGAGAAGAGGACGUAGAAGGUGACUAUGAUGGUGACGAGCAACACGGGCCCCAAAGCCCUGAGCUCAAAAACCAUGUACCAUAUCCGACGCCUCAACCCCCGUUUCGGAAGUCUCAACCUUACAUUACAGGCGAUCCAUUGUACCAACUUCGCCAGGAAGCGUCAAAGAAGAUCAUGUCUGACACUAGUCUCCCGGUCCGCAGUGGGCUUGUUCAGUCUGAAAUUCCCAGACCUCUCAGCGCCAAAGAAGUCCAACAGCCCCACCAGCAGCACCAGCAGCACCAUCACACGCAGCUUCCCCCCUCUACCCAACCUGGACCAAAGGACAUGCACACAGCCAUACACGCUCGCAGCUCUUCUACAGCCUCGAAUGCCGAAACCAUCAACGAGCGCAACUUCUUCGAGCAUCGCCCCUCCACCGCCCAGAAAGGUCCGCUCUCUCUAUCUGACUCCAGUUCGGAGCGCAUUCAGGACUACGAGGAUGAAGAGCUCUUCGCAAUGAGCUAUUCAGAUCUCGACAAGCAGUCGUUCGACGACAAUCCUCGUGCCGAUCCCAACAAGCAACCCAUUUCCCACCUCGCUGACUCACCCCUCGAAGACCGGCUGCGAACCGCCUACCGGGAGCUCCGCCCAGAAGACCAAUCCGAGUUCUUCAACUCCCUCCAGAUCGACGAGUGGGAAGAUGCCGGCGAUUGGUUCCUCGACCAGUUCGGUGACCUGCUCGGGCGGUUCAAGAAAGCCCGCCGGACGAAGCGCGACGUUGCGCGCGAGUUCGAAGACGAGAUCCGGAAGCGCAACGACGCCGUUGGACGCAAGCGCCGGUGCGUCGAGGACGAGGUUGGCAGGAUCAAGGGCCAGGGCCAGAGACUGCUGCCGGACACGCCGUCGAGGCGGAGGGCGGCCACGCCUGCCUUUACGCCUAGGCGCUGA